AUGGCAUGUUUCCACCUCACGCAGACCGUAGCAGACGCCUUCAACGCGCUUGCCGAUGAGGUGCAGGUCUUGUCAGACCGAAAGACGAUUUUGGAGCACAAGCUGCGAUUUGCGCACGAGCAGUUCCAAUAUCUGGCCGACAAAUAUGCCCCGGCUGCGCCGGAGAUAGCCGAGACGUUGGCCAAGCUCCAGCUGCCAGCUCACACCUCUGUCGAUGAAACCUUGCCUGUGCCUCUUCCUAAGCAAAGCUCUCUGCCCCCGCACCAGAUUGCUCUUCUUAUUCGUGACGGACGCCGCGCUGCCAACAAGCUGGUUGCCUCGUUGGGUGAAGCCAGCAAGACCACAGCAUCAUCCAGAGACACGCUAUCUCAAACCUCCCACGUAGAAACAUCUCUCUCGACUGCUAUGGAACAAGAUUUCACCCUUGAGGGGAAGAAAGGCAAUCUGCAGUGUCCCUAUGCUAAGGAUGCCGCUGCUCAUGCCGAUCGAGAACAGAAGCCUGAAACCGGCCCGGACUCGACCCCAAAACACCAUGAAGACCCCAUCUGUGCUGCCCUGUACGAGGAAGAGACGUCUCACCAUGGCGCCGUAAACGGAACGCAGGCAAGCAAAUGCCCCAUCCGAUUCUUAGACAAGCACUCCCCAGAGGAGAUUGCUCAUUACGUGGAGACGCACAAGCACGAGCUGCCUCGCAGCCACGAGGUCUGCGUGCGCAGAUACCAACGCAACGAGGAGCAGAUCAGGAAAUUGGAUGCAAAGUAUGGAAACAUUGUGAGCAUGAUUGAGGACCUGAGCCAACUCCACAAGCCAAUGCUGCCGGACGAAGACCACGCACGCCGCCCCAGCGAUGCCACGAGGGCUUCGGCCGAUCGAGUAGAGAGUUGGGCACACGCCGUCAGCUCCAGCACGGACCCGGAGGCCCCUGCGGAGCCGCCGGCCGACAUGGACGAGGAGCGGCAGAGUCACUUUGACCGGCCGCUGAAGGAGGUCCGCGUGGGAGAAUCACCAAGCCGUCCCUGGGGCAUCUCCGUGCCGGUCUACGAGCAGUCGGGCCACGGAGCCGACCAUCCAAUGUCGCCGCCCCCUGCGCCUAAUGCCCCUGCUGCCAACGGCCAUGGCUCUGCGCCUUUUACGCCAACGAAACCUCCCCACGAGCGUCGUCCAACCCACGAGCGUCAUACAGCCCACGACCGCCAUGCUCCCGUACCGCAGCCUACCUUUAUCAAUCCCGAUGUAUCGAAAGCACCGGGCGUUCCUCAGAUGAUUUUCACCGGCCCCGUCUUUAUCGGAUAUCCAAUGGAUCAGGCCAUUCAGUUUAUGAACCAGUAUCAACGAUCCUAACGGUUGGCUGUGUUUUCUGCCAGCCUUGCUGCUUAUGGCUCUAUCUCGGCCGUCUCAUUUACGACUUUACGACUUCUCUUUGCCUGCCUCGUUCUAUAACACACACACAUGGGCUCAUUCUCUUAUCUAUAGCGGCGGCGUUUUGGAUUAUUUGCUCUUUUUUACGUCGGAUUCGUCAAAGGCCAUUGUUAGGGGUCGUCUCUUCUGUUGAAUGACUUGACGCUUUUCUUAUUUUUCUACUUGAGGGAUAUGCUAGCGAGCCAGUUUAUCGAGUUUGGGUUUCCAGUACAGCUAGUGCAUCAUCAAUGAUAAGAGGCAGAGGAAGGGAGCACUGCCUAUCUGUCUUUAU